GUGCUCGAGGCUAUGGAGCAGAAGAUGUCGAGCGAGGAUGUGACCUGGCCGAAGACGAGGUUUACGGGCCCAAUUCGACCUAAGUCAGACAUUUACUGCCGUUUUCACCGAGAUUACGGUCAUACCACGGAGAACUGUAGACAUUUGAAGGAUGAAAUCGAGAGGUUGAUUCGAGCUGGGUACCUGAAAGAGUUUGUGUAUCAGGAUAGAGCCAAAGGGAAAGGAAGGAGAAGGUGUCGGGAGGAUUCGGAGGAAAGAAGUGACAGGGACGAGGAAGGAGGCGACAGAGAUGGUCGAGAUGGUCGAGGAAAGAAGCCGAGGAGAGAUGGCGAUAAGGGAGGGCACGGAGGAGAAGCCCCGAUGAAGAGAGGGACGAUUUACAUGAUUUCUGAAGGGCCAACGGAUGGUGACUCGAAUAGGGUCAGGAAGGAGCAUGCUCGAGCUGUGAAGAGGAAAAGAGAGGAGGUGGGGACUACGGCUCGCAUGCCGGUGAUAAGUUUUAAGGCACAGGAUGCCGAGGGAGUGGUCCUACCGCACAACGAUGCUUUGGUUAUAACCGCGGAGGUUGCAGGCUUUGACGUGAAGAGGGUGUUUAUUGAUACCGGGUGUUCGGUAGACGUGAUGUUCUAUGACUGUUUUGUGCAAAUUAAUAAGGAGUUGAAUAUGGAGCUGAAGCCGGUGACCACGGCGCUUUAUGGCUUCAAUGGAGUAGAGGUGGUGCCGAUGGGUGAGGUAAGUUUGCCAGUGGCGUUAGGAGCGGGAGAGCUGAGGAAGGUGCGCAAGGUGAGGUUUGUGGUCGUAGGAGCUGAAUCAUCUUAUAACAUCAUUAUGAGGCAGACGAGCUUGAAUGCAUUCCAGGCGGUCGUAUCCACGUACCACAUGAUGAUCAAGUAUCCUAUGGGCGAAAAC